UUCUCUCUCCCUCUCUGAGUGACAGCGAGGAUUUCGCUUCGCCCGGAGCGACGUCACACCAAGGUGGAAGAAGAAGAGCGCAUUUUUCCUCCCUUUAUCAUCCAAAGAAAACACAUCGACAGACUGUGGCACACACAGACGCCUCUACAUGCAGCCGGUGCGCACCCGAAACCACUUCUCCAAGUUCAUCUGUGCGUCAGGGCACAGCGCGCAGACAACGAAGAACCUCCAACAAAUGUAUUUCUUACAGCAGUGCUAUUCUUUUUUCAAAAAUAUAAUUUCAUUGUUUUUAAUAUCCCCAGAGUGGCGAGACUCCCGAUUGUCCUCAUAACCACCGUACGCUUUUCCGCAGUCAGCGAGGACUUCCCGGCUUUGAGACACUUCUCCUUCCUCAUCUGACCUUUUUGAAAGCAUGUUAUUGUGCAGCGACAUAUAGUGCAGAACGAUAAUGAAGAGGUUAACCACACUUUUGAAAGCGGACAUCUCUUCAGUAGCCUCUUGACCAACUUCGUUGCGCAUUAAGAUGCGCCCCACCGAAGAGGAUUUGGAUGAGGAACUUUUCGCGCUCUUGGUGACAGACAGUUUCCAGUGAGCUUUAUUGCUACCGACAGAAAUCAAGGACCUCCUAUGUAUUUAAGAAAUAAUCCAACUCGGUGUUGGCUGAGCUCGUCAGUUCUGUAAACUUUGCCGGGGGAUCUCCUCGAGGAUUUGCUGCGUUCACCAUGAGGGUUCGUCUAUCACGGAUCCAACUGGCCCUGUUCUUUAUCUUGCUCUGCCCGGUCAAUAUCAUCGGACUCUGGUGGGCGGUCGGCAGUCCGCUGGUGAUGGACCCCAACAGCAUUUGCAGGAAGGCGAAGCGUCUGGCAGGGAAGCAGGCUGAGCUGUGCCAAACUCAGCCAGAGAUUGUCAGUGAGGUGGCCAAAGGAGCAAGGCUGGGCGUCAGGGAGUGCCAGUACCAGUUCAGAUACCGCCGCUGGAACUGCACUAGCCACAACAAGUAUUUUGGCAAAAUAUUGCAGCAAGAUAUCCGGGAGACAGCGUUUGUCUAUGCCAUCACAGCAGCCGGUGUGACCCACGCCGUGACCCAGGCCUGCAGUAUGGGCGACCUCCUGCAAUGUGGCUGUGAAGCGACCAGGAACAGAGCACCUCCAGAGCAGUCCUCAUCUUCCCCCCCUGGGGACGGAGUCAAGUGGGAGUGGGGGGGCUGCGGGGACGAUGUGGAGUUUGGUUAUGAAAAGUCAAAACAGUUCAUGGACGCUAAGAGGAGAAGAGGCAAGAGUGAUAUUAGGACACUCAUUGACCUGCACAACAACGAAGCUGGGCGACUGGCUGUGAAGCUCUACAUGCGGACAGAGUGUAAGUGCCACGGCCUGUCGGGAUCAUGCACCUUGCGCACAUGCUGGAAAAAGAUGCCUCAUUUCCGUGAGGUGGGCGACCGCCUAUUAGAGCGCUUCAACGGAGCUUCGAAGGUAAUGGGAGGCAACGACGGAAAGACCCUGAUCCCUGUUGGCCAGAACAUUAAGCCACCAGAUAAGCAGGAUCUGAUCUACUCAGACGAGUCGCCCGAUUUCUGCCUUGCAAAUCGGAAAACUGGUUCACUGGGGACACGAGGGCGCAUGUGCAACAGCACAGCCAUGGAUAUCAGCGGCUGCGACCUGCUGUGCUGCGAGCGCGGCUACAGCGAGGAAUCAGUGGUGAUAGAGGAGAACUGUCUGUGUCGUUUCCACUGGUGUUGUGUGGUCCAGUGCCAGAAAUGCUCGGUCCAAAAAGAGCUUAGUCUCUGUCACUGAUGAACUAAUGAAGUAAGGUCGACAGCAGUCAAUAUGACUUGGUUGAUUAUAUUACUUAUAUUACUUCUAUUGCAUUUGGAGGUGUUUGCUUUAGUUUGGUUUGUGUUAAAGAAGGAUAGGGUUUGGACUUUUAUGGCAAAUACAUUUUGAUAUUGCUCCACAAAAUGUAUAUUUCCUAAUAUUUGCUAUUUGGUUCCCAGAAAUUCAAAGAGAAAUAAAAAGUGCUGCCAAAGAUUCAAAAGGUACAGAAAGUUAAUGCACCCACAUCGAAACAAUAGGAAGUGGUUUAAAUAAGUAAUAGAAAGUCAACAGAUAAAUGGUUCUUCUUGCUCCUUACUGCUUAUGCUUCUUUCCAAACUAACUAUUUUUUCUUUUUCUUUUAUAUGAAAAAGGACCAAAGAAUGUGAAAAUGUGUGUUUUCCAUAUUAAUGAAAGAGGAGGACUUUUGCUCGGAGGUUUUCUUAGUGUCACUUCCACUAAUAGUUCAACAGCAGAGCUUGAUGUUAACUGUUUUCUAAUACCAAAGAGUUUGAGUUGUUGCUAAGCCUGUAUACAAGCUUCCCUUUUUCACAUGGUACAUGGAUUUAUCAGGCAAAGUUCUUAUGAAUAUAUGCAACAAUGGGUCCCUGACAAAAAGAGGUGCACAAAAGCAGCCUUUGGUUUUGUCAGGUUAAGUGACAACUGCCAGCUUUAAUCAGCUCUAGCUAGCCAACUUGUUACACUAAUAAGCUAGUUUAAGUGCAGUCACACAAUUAUUUGUUUAAAGAAAUAAGCAGCUAUCUAAAUAAAUAUGAGCUAAAUCGAUUCUACAGGCUUUGAUGUAACUCAGCUAUUUAGCAUGCUUUUUAGGCUAUUUAGCAAACAUGUUGGUCUUUACUUUUUUCUCUCUACUACUUGCUUGCUAUUUUCUACUCUGUCAAAAACAUACAGAAAAAGGGAAAGGGUAUCACAGUAUCAUUUAUCAUUUUGAAGAACACUGUCAACACCAUGUUUUGAAGGUGUGGAUCUGGCCUGGCAGCAAAGACUGUUAUUUAUAUAAAGAUAUGAUGACAAGACUACUCACUUCCAUCUCUCUCAGAAGCACUUUGGACAUGAUGGACUCCUUCAAUAACCUAAACCCUUUGCGGUCGCCCGUUUCUAUUAAACCAAAAGAGAAACCUUCAUUCACAUUGUUCGGUAUGGAGAAAAUGUAUAUAAUGUAUUUUGUUUAUCUGUUAUGAUAUACAGGGCUAAUGUAAUAAUGCACUUUGGAUGUUAGCUUUCGUUUGAUACUGUAUUUGGAUAUGUGUGUGAGUGUGUGAGAGAGGAAGUGUUUAAAUGUGUUUGUGCAGUUUGGCCAGUUAUCACCGUAUCCUUCAGUUGACAGUACCUAUUAUAUAUCUUUAAGACGCUGUCUGAUGUUAAACUGCAUCAUGUUGGUUAUUAAAAGCACACUGCUCUUUGA